AGUUUACGUAUGAUUUUAGCGAACGCACAUUCGUGGAGUGGAGGGUGAGGGGGCGGGGCCUGAGAAAGAUUGGUUGCGUUCAUCUGAUGCAGAUUUGAGGAAGUAAUUACAGAUACACGAAUGAGCUCAAGUAGGGUUUAUUUUGCCGAUGUAUCAACGAUGCUACGAAGGCACCUCGUGUAACGUUGGUGGUGUCAAUAAAAUAUAUUUUGCUGAAUUACACUGUAGGAAGCAUAUAUGGUGGGGGCACGAGAGUCCACAAUGGCUGCAAUGUUCCAUAGACGCUGUGGAGAGAGAGUAACACUGACGAACGGCAAUAGAACAGCAGUUCGCAACUUCUCUGAAUUUAAUUAUGGCCUUGUUCUUAGUAGUGAGCCCUUAGUGGAUAAUCAAUUAUUCGAAGUUAGGAUUGACAGAAAGAUUAAUUCAUGGAGUGGAAGUAUAGAAAUUGGUGUCACAGCGUGUGAUCCCGAGUCAUUAGAACUGCCAUCGAGUGCUACAGAUCUUCGCGAUGGCUCUUGGAUUAUGUCAGGGAGUUCAAUAUUGAAGGAUGGGCGAUCAGUGGUUGAAGUGUAUGGAACUGAUUUGGAUAAACUUGGAGAAGGUGAUCGUAUUGGUGUAAUGAGAACAGCAGAGGGGGAAUUGGAGUUCUUUGUAAAUGGUAUUUCUCAAGGAACUGCAGCAGAAGAUAUACCUAGUCGAGUGUUUGCUGUUGUUGACAUGUACGGGAAAUGUGCUCAGGUUUCUGUGAUAGAUCCCGACACUCCUGGAGAGACAGAUGCCCCCUGUACUGGUGGAUCGGAAUCUGAAGGGGAAAUCAACAAUGAUCACACAAUGACAGCAAUUACGAAUUUAGUUACAAAUCUCAAUGUUAAUAUGAAUGUAAAUCACAGUCUUCAACAUGGUUGCCAUAGUAAUGAAAGUGAGCGUUUGGAAUUUCAUGAACGGUGUGGAAGCCUUGUCAAACUCUCGUGUAACAACAGAACAGCAGAAAGAAGACGACCCCUAGAUGAAUUUAAUAAUGGUGUUGUUAUGACUCAUAGACCCCUCAGGGAUAAUGAAUUAUUUGAGAUUCGUAUUGAUCGGUUGGUUGACAAAUGGUCUGGUAGUAUUGAAGUUGGCAUUACCACUCAUAAUCCUACUGCAUUGGAAUUUCCUGCUACAAUGACUAACAUGCGCAGUGGUACAACUAUGAUGUCAGGUUGUGGGAUCCUGACAAAUGGCAAAGGAACACGUAGAGAAUAUGGUGAAUUUAAUUUAGAUGAACUAAGAGAGGGUGAUCGUAUUGGUAUGAUGAGGAAAUCUAAUGGUAAUCUUCAUUACUUCAUUAAUGGUCUUGAUCAAGGUGUUGCUGCCACAAAGGUCCCUGCUUGUGUUUGGGGAGUUGUGGAUUUAUACGGGAUGACUGUAAAGGUAACAAUUGUUGAUAGAGAUGAACGAGAAGAACAAAAUCUGAUAACCAGAAGAAAUACUGCCCUUCGAGAUCACCCAGUUAUUCAUGGUCUUCAUGAUCUUCCUGACGAUGAUUUUAUUGAUAGACUUAUGUUUCAUACAAAUUGUGGAACUCAUGCUGCUGUCAUCAAUAACUGUCGAACAGCACAUCGUCCUAAUGCAAUGGAUGAUUUCAACAAUGGUGUGGUGUUGACAAACCGUCCUCUUAAACCCAACGAAUUAUUUGAAGUCCGCCUUGAUAAAAUGGUGACCAAAUGGGCAGGUUCAAUAGAGAUUGGGGUCACCACUCACAAUCCCACAGAGCUUGAAUACCCUUCAACAAUGACAAACGUGAGAUCAGGUACGUGGAUGAUGACUGGUAAUGGGGUGAUGCACAAUGGAACAACAGUCAUAGAUGAAUAUGGACAAAAUCUAGACAGGCUUCAGGUUGGAGACAGAGUUGGCGUCAUGAGGAAAGAAAAUGGAACCUUGCAUUUCUUUGUUAAUGGUCUGGAUCAAGGUGCAGCAGCAUCUAACAUACCUGAUCGUGUUUAUGGUGUCAUUGAUUUAUAUGGUCAGGCAGCCCAAGCCACUAUUGUAGAUAGCUUAGAUUGUUAUUCCCCAGACACAGUGAAUUCUAGUUUGUCCAAUGCAACUAUUUAUAGUGAUCUCCGAUUUCACCAUGUUCAUGGGAAAAAUGCACGUGUUUUUAAUAAUGGUCUUACUGCAUCACGGCCAAGAGCAUUUGCAGAAUUUAAUGAUGCCAUUGUUAUCAGUAAUCGUGCCUUGAGAGAAGGAGAGAUGUUUGAAGUGGUUAUUGAGAAGAUGGUAGAUAGGUGGUCAGGAUCUAUCGAAGCAGGAGUUACUGCAAUUCGUCCAGAAGACUUGGAUUUUCCCAGUACAAUGACUGAUAUUAAUCAUGACACAUGGAUGCUAUCAGGGUCAGCAGUAAUGCAAGAUGGAGUAACAUUGCGAAAUGGUUACUCUUGUGAUUUAGAUGCUUUGGUGACUGGAACACGAAUUGGAAUGAUGCGUCAUGAUGAUGGUACACUCCACUAUUACAUUGAUGGUGUGGAUCAAGGUGCUGCCUGUGGUGGUGUACCUCCUCAUGUAUACGCUGUUGUAGACCUCUAUGGACAGUGUGCACAAGUGUGUAUUACACAGACUGACAGAAGAGAAAAUCCAGCUCCCAGUGAAAAUGUUUGCCAACCAGUUAGUCUUCUUCCAGCAGGGAAUACAAACAGUCAUGCUGCUGAAGUUACUCAUCGAUUCAGUUCGUGUUACGGAAAGAAUGCAAUUUUACUUUCCUGUUACACUGUUGCUACUAGAGUGCGGAAUUAUAGUCAUGCUUUAGUGUUCAGUAAUGCACCAUUAGAUGCCGAUGAAGUAUUUGAAGUCAGUAUACAGGAAAUGGCUCCGCAGUGGUCAGGUACUCUACACAUCGGUGUUACGACUUUGCAAGUUUCUGACAAUUAUCCUGCAGGCAGCCUUCCUGGAACAAUUGCAGGGUUGACUGCUGAUAGUUGGUACUUAACAGGUAAUUCCUUACUGAUAUUUGUUAAUAAUGAUAACGAUGAAAAUGAUUCUAAAAUGAUGUCUGUUAUAGGAAAUGAACGUGUUUUUGCUGUGGUGGACUUAUACGGCAGCACAUUGACUGUACGUGUCACAAGUGUGAGGUUAGGUACUGGAAGAGACGGUAGCUCAGGUGAAGAUGGGGAAGGAGCUGCUGCAAUGUUGGAAUCAUUGCGGUCCAGUAAACUUCACGAUUCUUUAGAAAUGCUUCUCGAUGCUACUACACCCACACAACAACCAAGCAGAACACUGGAUAGUUCAGAAGCCUUGGCAGAAUUACUGAACACAAAACCUCCAGAAGUACAGCCAGAUGAACUUACUGAAAACAAUUCAAAUUUAUUGCCUCUGCCAGCAGCAACCGUGACUACUACUGCAACAGCUGCAACAACAAGUACAACUUUAACUAAUCAACAGUCAGUUACAAGCACUGCAAGUCAGCAUAUGUCAGUUGUAGAAGCACCUCCCCGCAUUGCUUUUGAGUUUCAUGAAAACCAUGGUCGCAAUGUUCAACUAGGUGAAAACAGAACAACUGCCAAGAGAAUAGCCAGUUAUAAUCAAGGUUUAGUAAUGUCUAGUCAUCCUUUGCCACGAGAUCAUAUCUUCCAGGUACGAAUAGAUUCAUUGAAUCCACGAUGGGUAUCUUCAAUAUUAUGUGGAGUUACUUGCCAAUCUCCAAAUAAAAUGCAUUUUCCUGUGACAGCUCUAGGAUUCAAAAAGAACUCUUGGAUUAUUUGUAGUGAUUGUGUCUUCCACAAUGGAGUAAAGGUUAAAGGUCGAUAUGGUCCAAAUCUGGAUACUUUACAAGCUUCCAGUCUCGUUGGUAUACUUGUAGAUUGCAAAUCUCAGUUACAUUUGUAUGUGAAUGGGAUUGAUCAAGGAAUAGCUGCUACUGAAAUUCCUCCCGAGUGUUAUGCUGUGAUAGACCUGUAUGGUCAAUGUGAAGAGGUUACAAUUAUUAGUCCGGGAGAAGACAUACAUUUAAAUCUCUCACAGGCCCAGUGCUGUAUGAGAGAGGCAGCUCUGGGACAGGGAAUGGCUAUGUUAGCAGAAUUUGAAUCUCUCAGUGAAAAGGCUGACUUAGAGUGUGAUGAAAAGGAAAAGUUAUCAGGAUUGGGAUCAGAUGAAAUAAUAACUUCUAACCCAUCAGGAUUUUCACAAGACUCUUCAAUGCCCACUAUUAGUGUUGCUACUUCAACAAAUCCUUCUGCAAAUGAUGUUGUAAAUGGUCAAUUGAAAUCUUCACAAACUGCUCUGUCGCCAUCGGUAUCGAAUAUUAGUUCAUCAAAUGUAAAUGGAGAUUCAAAUACUGUCUCAAAUGCAAUUGCAGAGUCGGUCUCUAACAUGACAACUGCUCAAAUUCCUUUGAGUUUACCCACACCUGUUACCACCCCUGGUCAAAUGUCUUGUGGAACAGCACCAUGUACUCCAAGUUCAGCAUCACACACCACUGUUAACAAGAACUGUGAAUAUCAAAAUACUUGUUUGAGGUUUAAGAAUAUUCUUGGACUUCCAGAUGGUUUUUUUAAUAGUGAUUAUAAUGUAUGCUACUGUGAAACUUGCUACAAACUUCGUGGAGAUCAGGCCUAUACUCAUAAAGGAGAUCCUCCGGUUGAAUAUGGUGUACCAUUUGGUUGGUGUAGGUUUUCUCUCCGACCUCCACCUGGUGCAGAAGUUCCUUCAGACAAGUGGCAUGUGGCGUUUUAUGGUACCAAGUUAGGUGAUAUUCGAAGAAUAUUGGACCAUGGGGAGCUUCUUUUGCCAGGAGAAUUAGGAUUAGAAAGAAGUAUAUUUAAAAAAGAUAAGUCUAAAGAAGAUGAUUCAGAUGGUUCACAGCUCUUAUUUUCACCCAGCAUAAAGUAUGCAAUGUCGACUACAUUUCCAAACAAGAAUGAGUUCAUGGAUCCAAAGACCAAAAAACAUUACAAAGCAUUUGCGGCUUUUCAAAUUCUUGUUCAGCCUGGCUCGUACAAGAUUGGUCCACCUUCAAUAGCUGGAAUCGCAAAACCUGUGGAUCCUCAUAUUGACCAUGAUGCCUCGGAAUGGGUAACAAAGGAGAGAGGUGCAACUGUUUUGUCUGCAUUACUUAUCAAGUUGGACGGACUAUGAAGAAAAACAACAAACAAUCAUGCCUAGUCAUAGAGAAUGGGGGCAGGCAGUAAUGGAAAUGAAAACCUUGUCUGUUACUCUGUAAAAUUUUCAUUUAUUUUUGGAAGAGGUAUUUUGUUAGGGAACUGUGUUGUUAAGGCUGAAGAAAUACUGUAUUUGUUUUACAACAAAAGUGUUGUAUCCUUGAGUAUAUGUUGUUAUUUUUGUUUGUUUUUUUGUUUUUUCUCAAAACUUGCUUGAUUCUGAAUACUUGUGAGCUCAGUAUUCUCAGGUAGGAGAAUCAUUACUUUGUUUGCUCUUUAUGUGGACGUCAGGAACCAGAUUGUUAAAAUGUAUCAUUAUUGAACCUAAUUGUUUAGUACUAGAAUCAGGUAAUUAAUUAGCUACAGUGUAAUAUUUACUUUUUGAAUAGGCAUAUGGUUGUCAGCAUAUUUUCAUUUCACAAAAAUGAAGCAGUAUGGAAAAUAACUUUGAUUCCAGAACUAUCGUAAUAGCCAUUCUGGAAAUUGAAGAAAUAUACUGUAGCAGAUCAUUCAAACAUGAAAAUUGUAUGAAGUAAUUUGUUUGUUCUCUUCUAUGUAUCAAAACAUAAACUGUUCUGCUACAGAAAAUUUAAUAAUGUAUUUAUCAUCAGAUAAUAGAAAGAUAUUGCUGGUUAUCAUUUACACGUUCAAGAAAGACAUUUCUUUAUAUCGUAAAUAUGUUAUGUUCUUAAAAAAAGACAUUUCGAAAUUUUUUAGGUUCAAGAGCACUUUGUUAGUAUUUAUUUUAGUGAGUGUGAAUGAAGCUCCAAGGAUUGUAAAAGUGUGUGAGAAUAUGUUUAAUAUGCAAGUAUGUGAGAGGAUGUUUAAUAUGCAAGCAUGUGUGUAUGUAUGUAUGUAUUAAAUAUGUAUUUACUUUGUUGCAAUUGAAAAUCCUCUUUUUAUAACUGUGAUAUAUAUCUAUAUAUACAAUUUUACUUUAUAUUUUUAUUGCUUUAUCUUCUCCAAUUUUGCAUUUUCAACUAACUUUAUCCGUCCAGAAUGGCAUAAUGACAAAAAUAUUAUUUAAAUUUAAGGGAGUGUAUUCAUUUUGUUUGAUGGCAGAUUGAAAUGAAUUGUUUGAUGGACUUUAAUUGUUAUUUUUUAAUGUUAUUAUAAAUAUUUUGGUGUUUCGAAAAGAACUAUGAACAUCGGAAAGGUACAUUUUUAUUGGAUGGUAUAAGAAACUUUUCCAUGUCUGUUUUACUUUCUUCGUCAUCUCAAACUUACAAUAAUUAUAAAAUAUUAAUAUACAUACAUCAUACCAAAGAAAUAAAGGACUGGCAUUUUAUUUAAGUAAGGAACUUAUUAUUCAGGUAUAAUGCACCUUCAUUUUUAAUUUCUAUUUUCUUUGGAUUCCGUUAUUUUGUAAUUACUUGAAAAUGAAUGUGAAUUUGAAUUAUUAUAUCACAGAAAACUAGGUUGAGCCUAAAUCUAUGCUAAUGAUGUGAUAUUGGAUUUGUAGCCUGUCCCCAUUUGUCAUUAUUAUUGGUUUUAAUUUAUUGAGUACAGGAUUGCAAUAGUUUAUAUUGUUGUUCGCUUUCUUUUCUAUUUCUUUCCCCUCCCCCCCCCCUCAAAAAAAUGGUGAAGACUCUUCCCCAUUUUAAAAAUCUCUUUUGUAUUUGAGUAGCUAACGUAUUUUAAUUAGUUGUAGUUUCAGUUGACCACACAUUGCUUUAAAGUACAGAAUGGGUGUUGCAAAGAGCCCUUUGAAACUAUUUCUUCAAAAAUUUUACAUGAUGUUUUAUGGUUUUAAUUUGAUGCUGAUUCCUGUUUACUGAAUGAAAAGCACGGUCAUAUUUUUUAAAGAUGUUCUUGAAUAUAUUCUGAAAGUUUUUUGAAAAGAAUUAUAUUGUACUGUUUUUUUAUCCCAAGGACAAAAUCUUAAGGGAUAAAUUUUGUAGAAAAUGUAUUAAACAGGAAUUUAGUCUUUUUAUGUCAAAAACCGUCUGCAGUAAGAACGUUUUUGUUUGCAAUAUCUCUAAUUCAAGUAACUUUCUAUAGAGUAUAAAAAUUUUGAAUCAAACAUUGCACAAAUCUUCUUUUGAGAGAGGAAAACUGAAUGAAAAAUUGUACAAUUGCAUAAUCACGUUUUUGCAUUUGUUGAAAUUAUUUUCAUAAUAUUUUUGAAAAAUACGUAUUAUGUAUUCGUAAAUGAAAUGAGGGGAAAAAAUUCUCAGAAGUGUUGAGUCACAUCUUCGAAGAAUAAUUUUUAAUUAUUUCUAAUUAUAUGCAAAAUCAACAAGUAAUUUUACUAUUGUAAUUAUUUAUUGCUUAUUGGUCACCUUCCUUUAAAAUGAAUAUGAAUUUGAUUUUGUUUACUCAACAAACAAAAGAAAUAAAUUAUUAAUCAUACUUCAGAGAUGACACUUUCAACUUUCAUCUUUUAAUUUUAUUAUUAUUAUUAUUAUUAUUUUCUUAUUGUUUUUCAUCUGAGAACUUGUAUGCAAUUUUCUGUUCUUCCGUCAAAUUUUCAGAAUGAGAAAAGGUUCUGCAUUAAAACCUGUAAUUGUUUCUUUGACUUUUCAUAAUAUUUUUGCAGUAGAAAAAUGAAUUUGUUAAUAUCAUUGUUUUUCCCCUAUUUUGUGCUUGUGGAAAAAUAUUUAUCUUUUCUGAAUUUUUGUUUAUUUUCAUAUUCAAAAAAUGUAAUUUCUCUGCAUGCACGCAUUGGAGAACUACAGUGCAUUAGAUAUGUGCAGUAAGUAGCUUUAAUAUAUUGUAUCAAUAUAUUUAAGCUAUAUUGAAUUCAAAAAUACUGUAUCAUAAUUUAAUUGUAUGCCUUCAUCUUCAGGAAGGUCCUAUUUCACUCAACCAAGGUUCAGUCAUGUUUCAUGUUAGUAUUUUGCAGUUAAAACUUGCAUGAAUUAAGAGCACUAGGUCAGUGCCAGUGAUAUCUUUUUCUGGAAGAAAUAUGAAGAAUUAGACCAACUUGAAAGUAGUUUCAGUAAAAACAAUUUGUAUAAAUUAAUCACUCUUCUAAUUAUUCAUUAAUUUGAUUUAUGCAAUUUAAUUAUUCUUAUGUUUGCUAUUGUAAUUUGCAAUCCUGUUGGAAUAAAUACUUCUUUCCUCCAGAGAAAGAAGCUGUCAUAGAUUAUAUAAUUGUGUAGAUUUUAUUCGAGCCAAAAUUGUUUUCAUCUAGUAGAUGUAAAUAUUAGGUAUAUAUUUUGUCUUUCCUUUUUUUUUUUCUUCUCCAUUCUUUUACAUUUACAUAUUGUUACUCUAUUUUAAAUUGUAUGAAUGCAUUUUCAGUACCUCAAGCAUUAUCGAGAAAUGCAAAAGUUUGAUUGCCUGUUGUGGAAUUUUUAAAUAUAGGACCUAUCCUAUCUUAUUGCCAUCAGAUUCCUAUAUUAUUAAUGUGUUAUUUGUUUUUAUAUUGUUUGUUUAAUUUUGUAUAUAUGUAAUUGUAUUGUGUUGUGUGUGUAUAUGUAAAAAUCUUCGUGAAACAUCAUUAUGAAAUAAUGUUGAAAAAUACAUUUUAUAUUGAAAAGAGAACAUUUG